CGGUGCCGAGUGCGGGAGCGUUGGCGCCGCUCCGCUUCCCUUUGAUGACGCAGAUCCUCUGUAGAGUGGCCAUGGCGAGUGACUUCUACCUCCGCUACUACGUGGGGCACAAGGGGAAAUUCGGACACGAGUUCCUCGAGUUCGAGUUCCGGCCCGACGGUAAGCUGCGCUACGCCAACAACAGCAACUACAAGAACGAUGUGAUGAUCCGGAAGGAGGCUUAUGUGCACAAGAGUGUGAUGGAAGAGCUGAAGAGAAUAAUCGACGACAGUGAAAUCACAAAAGAAGAUGAUGCUCUGUGGCCUCCUCCUGACAGAGUGGGCCGACAGGAGCUCGAGAUAGUAAUUGGUGAUGAGCACAUCUCCUUUACCACAUCAAAAAUUGGUUCCCUCAUUGAUGUAAAUCAGUCCAAAGAUCCAGAAGGCUUGAGAGUAUUCUACUACCUGGUCCAGGACCUUAAAUGUCUCGUCUUCAGUCUUAUUGGACUCCACUUCAAGAUUAAGCCAAUUUAAAUCAGACAAACUGAAGUUUGUAUUGCAAUGUUAGCAGUAGGGAUGGGAAGGGAGGAUCCUGUUCCAGGUCUUCAUUGUUUCUGAAAUUUUUUUGUACUUUAGAUUAUUUUUUUGAUUGUUAUUUUGUUGUUGUUACAAACUGUCAGUGACUCAAUAAAAGGGUAAGGUUUGUGUUUUUAAUUUUUAA